CCUAAGAUUCUAACGUGUGCCUUCCUAAAAAUUCCAAAAUUUUCGAGAAAAUCUGCGUGCUCAACUCAUCAGUACAUACCAAGCCUUGGCCUUUAUUGAUCUACUGAACUUACGUAUAAAUUGUGUUACAUCAAGUUUCGAACGAGCUCACUUAAUAAGCUCUUAAACUAGGCACAUUUGUCAUAGAAAUGCCGCAUAGUAGAAGAGACCUAGGAUACACUAUAUGCUUAUAUCUAUAAAGGUUAUUUACAGUUUGCACGAUCAAUAUAAGGGUCGUGGUCUCAAGUCCCACAUUGGACGAUAAAUGUAACAAUUAAUGGUCUAUUAGAAUCUCGUUUCUUGUUUGAUUGUCGGUAAAGGGUCAACGGCCUGACGUUUAACGCAGCUAAGAUUCCCACAACUACAACUAGCCAUGUUCUAAACGAGCAGGGAACUGGCACUAGUUGUAGGUAGAAAAUAGUGCUUUUCCUCAUGAAUGAAAAAAAAAAACAUGCCCAAAAUAUUCCCCAUGGUACUAUGUUAAUAUACCUUGCUGAAUAAGAAUCAAGUAGAAAAUUCUUCAAAAUGUGAAAAUUAAAACGAAUUUUACUUCUGUAGGGACAGCUGUCGAUUCAGCCAUACAUUCCUAUGUAAAUUUGAAUAUCAAUAGCAGCAUAGCCUUUACUCAUAUAGUCAUCAAAAUGUGUGGAUUUGUGGAUUUUGAUGAGCUGUCUCUCAGUAUGAUGUCCAUUUUAAAAUUGCAUUAAAUUUUUAUGCAAAAAUAAGCUAUGUAGUACACAGGCCCUUGGUCGUUUAGAACAUGGCUAACUCGCACAACUCAAAAGUUACUUUGCCCCACACGCACACGAGACGAAUCGUAAAUAGGCUCCCCCUUCCCCGUGGAGAAUAACCUCGUUACAAGGCAUAACCAUUUUUCGCAGCCGUUAAAUGGGAUGAGGGGGGACCGGGAUUUUGACAAUAUAACGGCUGCGAUAAGACUGAUUACAGUACAGUUAAUGUGACAUAUUUCAUUCCUUAUUCUCGAAUGUGACAGAGCUUAUACAAGCCACAUGAAUUGGAUAGAUAUCAUGUAUCUUUAAGUGUCUUUUAUAUGUAGAUUAAUGGCUACAAGCUCUGGAUCAUCAUUAAGAGAAAACACCAAUUACACCCGACUAUGCAGACUUGUAAUCGACAUUGGAUCAAGAGUGUUGAGAGGAGUCCUUGAUGGCCAUCUACAUCCACCUGCUGAUCUGCAAAGGCACCUCAACUCGCCUGGCAUAAACAGUAUACUGAAAACACUAAGAAGUAAAAGAGUUCUGAAUACACAACAAUGGGAUAAGUUGUACCCACCAGCACCAGGAGUACCAUCGUCGACGACCUUCGACAUAACAUUGCUCUUCCUUCUACUACGGAAUACCUGUGGUUUGACUCCACCUACUACAGGCUGGGAUGCUGCCCCACUACCAACUAAUAAAAGUACAGUGGCUGAUUUGAUUCGAGUAAAACGAUGUCGAAAUGAAAUUAUUUGUCAUAAAAGUGCGGCAGAACUCUCUAAUACUGAUUUUGAAAACCACUGGGCUGAAAUUGGGGCAGCACUGACAAGACUUGGAGGAUUGCAGUAUGGACCAGAGAUCCAGCGUCUGAAAAUCGAGUCAGUUGAUCCAGAAAAUGAAGCCUAUUUGAAUGUUCUUAUUCAGUCAUGGGAAGAAGGCGAGGAUAAAUUAUUGGAUGCCAUUAGAGGAGAAUUCAAUAAACUAAAAAUACAACAUUCUGCAAUAUUCGAAGAAUUCAAAGAAGAAAUAAAGGCUGAAAUUAAAUGUGAGCAACAAGAGUCAUUUUGCACUUUGCCUCAAAAGCCAUCUCACGAUGUUGUCCACCGUCAUGACGAAGUUUCGAUGACACUUGACGAGAUACGUCGACUAAAAGCAAUGAUAUGUUUGGAGAUAGAGAGAGAGAGAGAAAGAUGUGGCCGACUUUCCAGAUUUCGCAGACCAAUUCAUGAUCUGAAUUGA